CAAGAAAGCAUAGGCAGAUCAUGAUAGUGACAUAAAUUAUUCAAACCAUAGGUUCCCCAAUUUCUUAUUCACCAAAAGAAAUAAGACUCUAGGACGCUAGUAGUUUGAAACAUCAAAUGAAGAAAAAACUAUUAAAUAGUCAACGAAUUCACAUGGUUUUCCAUUGAGGAUGAGCUACCUCUUAAAAACUCCAUAGCAGAAAAGGUUGAAAAUCUAAAUGAUAUUAAAUUUCAUUCACAUGCCGUGACUGGAGAGUUAAUCAACUCCAAAUCCAAUUUCCACCUAAUCGCAGUAAUGUCAUUCUUUAAUCUUAAAAAAGAUUAAGAAAAUGGUAGGUUUUAGGUAUUAUCAUGCCAGAAGACAGGGAAACAGUAUAAUGUUCAUGUCAAAACAAAAGAGCAGGCAACUAGAUCCUGCAGGGCGUAUUUAAAAUAUCAUGUUCUAGUAGUUUAUUGUUUAACCAUACAAAAUAGAAGUCUAAUUAACAUUAAUUACAAUCUACAGAAAUGGUUUAAGUACACUAUAUAAUAGGAUCUAAGGGGAUCCAUAUCCAACAAAGCAAGCUACUCAAAUCCUGCAGUCGAAGCAAAAUGGUGCUCUCCAAGCUUUUUAUCACCGUUCUUGUCCUUCAAGCUCUAAUCCCCUUCCACUCUUCAAUCCAAGCUGCUCCUACAAAUUCAAACCUCUUCCGAGAAUAUAUAGGAGCUGAGUUCAAUAAAGUAAAAUUCACUGAUGUUCCUAUUAAUCCGAAUGUCGAUUUCCACUUCAUUCUCUCCUUUGCCAUAGACUAUGACAGCUCAAGUUCUCCUUCUCCCACAAAUGGAAAAUUCAAUGUCUUUUGGGACUCCGAAAAUCUCAGCCCUUCUGAUGUUUCUUCUAUCAAGAACCAAAAUUCCAAUGUCAAAGUGGCCUUAAGUCUUGGAGGGGAUAGUGUACAAGGUGGCUAUGCUUACUUUAGCCCCUCUUCAGUGAAUUCUUGGGUCUCUAAUGCUGUUUCCACACUUACAGAUAUCAUCCAACAAUAUAAUUUGGAUGGAAUUGAUAUUGAUUAUGAGCACUUUCAGACUGAUCCUGAUACCUUCACAGAGUGCAUAGGACAGCUUAUUUCAACCCUUAAGAGGAAUGGUGUAAUCUCUUUUGCUUCUAUAGCUCCAUUCGACGAUGACCAAGUUCAAGGCCAUUAUCAAGCCUUGUGGAAGAAGUAUGGACACCUAAUAGACUAUGUCAAUUUCCAAUUCUAUGCAUAUGAUCAAGGAACAACAGUGUCUCAGUUUAUGAGCUACUUUAACACCCAAAGCACCAACUACAAUGGUGGUAAGGUCUUGGUGAGCUUUAUCAGUGAUGGAAGUGGUGGAUUAGCACCAGAUGAUGGAUUCUUUACAGCCUGCAAUAGGCUCAAGAGUCAGAAGCAACUACAUGGGAUCUUUGUUUGGUCUGCAGAUGACUCCAAGGCAAAUGGUUUUCGCUAUGAGAAGCAAUCACAGGCACUAUUAGCAAUACACCACUGAUGCAUUACUUCUGGUUGUUUAAUCUUGUAUGAUUAUACGUAUACUAUGAAUAAGUUAUAAUACAUUAGUAAAAUUCUGUUUUUUUUUA